AUGUCUUCCGCCAACGAUUCCUCUGAAAAGAAGCGAAAGACGCCCGAAGCUACAGAGACUAGCAACAACGACAACAGCAAAGCAGACGUCCAAGAGAUGGCGGUCGGAUCCACCGAAAAAAAGGCAAAGCCUUCCCCGAAUGACCCUUUUCGCGAUUAUCUGAUUGAGAUGAUUAAUCGUGGCGACUACGACGGAGCGACGCGGACCCUGCUGGCCAUACCUACGGAGAAAACCAAGGAGCUCCCAAGCAAGAGUGUCAUUUUCCGCAACGCCAUGGCCAUCGGCACGGACACUCUCCAGGAGAUGAAAGACGACGGAGACUAUCAGCAACUGAGCCAGAACCUUCCAGUCUUGGGUGAUGCCAAGACAGAUUUUGAUAAGCAGAUCCACACCGCACGUGGUCAGGUGCGAGCCACCAGCACUCACACUUUCUACAAGGUGAUCUUCUGCAACCCUCAGCGUGCCGAAUAUUGGUACUCCAAACUACGAACUUGGACUCCCGAUGUGUGCAGGAUCGUUGCCAAGGUUGGGAGCCUGAUCACUCUACAAUGGGCCCAGCAGAAGGAGGAUAUUCAUUGGGGGGAAAGCACGUGUGCUGCUGCUGCCAAGCAUGGACAUUUUGAUGUGUUGCAGUGGGCUCACGCAAAUGGCUGUCGUUGGGACGCAUCAACUUUGGAAGGCGCGGCCUUUUGUGGCAACACGGAAAUGCUGAACUGGGCCAUGUCCAAAGGAUGUCCACUCCCAACUAACGGUGCUUCCAUUGCUAUGGCUGCCGCUGAAGGUGGGAAAAUUGAAGCUCUAAACUGGGCCCAACGCAAUGUAGGGCCGUGGAAUGAAUCUGUUUGUGCUGCUGCUGCUAGAGGUGGACAGCUCGACACAUUGAAGUACUUGCGCAACAAUGACCCCAAUAAUCAAUGCCCCUGGAACGAAAUGACGUGCUCCGAGGCUGCCCGAUAUGGACAUCAAAAUGUCAUUGACUGGGCUCAAGACAAUGGCUGUCCUUGGGAUGGUUCCACGUGUGAAAUGGCUGCAUGGGGUGGACAUCUACAUAUCCUGCAACAAGCGCGUGAAAAGGGCUGUCGAUGGGGCACUUCGACAUGCUAUGCUGCCGCCUUAAACGGACAUCUAGAGAUUUUGAAAUGGGCCAGAGAGAAUGGAUGCCCAUGGGAUAGCUUCGUCAUCAGCGGGGCUCGGCUCGGUGAGCAUUUGGACAUUGUGAACUGGGCUCGUGCCAAUGGAUGCCCCGAGCCGCCCGUUUAG